CAUGCUGUUAGCAGAGCUACUGGCAGUGUGGAGCUGACCUUACUAGAGAGGAGGACACAGAAAAUGUGGCUAUUUUCUUAUAAAUCGCAGGCAGAGGUGCUUCGGUAAAUGUGGCAAAGAUGUCAGCAUGUCACACGCUUCGUGGAGUUUCCCUGGAAAUCAUUGGUUCGAUAUCUAACCUGUUGACAAACAAUCUUUAUUCCGUAACUAACAAGAGAUGCAGCCUCAGAUGUCUGCACAGCCACAUCCUGAGUGUCAUAAGACCGUUCAGCUUCCACCAACAUAACCCAAAGGUCCCAAAAGUGCCUACAUGGGAAGCAGUACCCGAAGAGCAGCUUCCUCCGCCCACUAAAAUCCCUGUCGACCUGGUGGACAAGCUGGAGCGGCUGGCCUUGGUGGAUUUCCGCACCAAGCAGGGACUGGAAUGUUUGGAGAAAGCCAUUCGUUUUGCGGAUCAGCUUCACGUUGUUGACACAUCUGGGGUCGAACCGAUGGAUUCAGUUCUGGAGGACAGAGCUUUACAUCUGAGGGGCGACACAGUGACAGAAGGUGACUGUGCAGAGGAGCUGCUUAAGCUUGCAAAAAACACAGUUGAAGAAUAUUUUGCUGCACCACCAGGAAAUAUUCCUCUGCCUCAAAGGGAGCAGAGGGCUGCCCUCCUCAAACACUCAGAGUUCUGAUGACUUGAUUGUGAAUAAUUUACUACUUCUAAAAUGGAAAACUGUACAUGUCUGCCUUGGCCUACAGUAUGCAUCACAUGUCUUCAUUGAAACUGCAUGGCCAAGGUUCAUAACUGUCUUUAGUGCAGUUCAUCUGCUGCCAUACACAAUCUGAGAGAAACAGCCAGACAUGCAGUUGGUUUCAUCUUCUCAGCUUUUGCUAAAAUUCAAAUCUUUCUGUUGUUGACAAAUAUGUUUAGGUUUCAGUAUCAUUUCACAUGAAGUUGAUGUCUUAUUGACUUGACUACAGCUGUGUGGAUUCAAGGUAACGGCAGUACAGGUUGUACAUUAUACACUGAAAUAUAUGUUGUACUGUAUGUUUCCUUAUUUUCGUUAUGUUUUACAUAAAGCAUUUUCACUGUGACCUAAAACUGUUGGAUUGUCUGAAGCUCUUAUAAAUAUAUCUGUAGAUAAAGGAAUACAAUUUAAAAAAAAUA